UUCCCAGGUUCUUCCUCUUGCACACUUUCUCUUUGACUUCACAGACACACAUGUGUUAGAUGCUUUCAUUCAAAGCGAGUAUCUGACUUGAUUUCCCUCCGGUGAUAUUAAAGUAGUUUUACCAUCAGCAUGGAGUUUGUUCAGAGAAUCAGCCAUGUUUUCUUACUCACAUUGCUCUGCUGCGGCACGAUGACAACACAAGGUAAAUACUCAGCCUCAGCCUCAGAGAAGGCGUUGACCUGUGACCUUCAGGACCCGGCUCAGAGGCUGAACUGCUAUGGUGGUUUGAUCUUAGUUAGGAACGUGAAGGUGAGUCACAGGGAGGCCGAGGUUUGUGUCGAUGGCGUUCCACCCGAGCGUCUGGAUGCCCCGCUCUGCUCGCCGACGCCCGUUCUCAACUUAGUAAAGAGGAGGUGUAACGGUCAUCACAGGUGUUGGGUCCCGAUGGCGUCAUGUCACGCAGCCAAACCCUGCCUGACCAGGUGUGUUUGGAUGGAGACCACGUACACCUGUGAGGCUGGGAGAAUCCACUAUGUGUGUCAGAAAAGGAGGGCAACCCUUUACUGUGGGUCUCAGGUGAUCAAAGUGCUGAUGGCUAACUAUGGCAGGACCAGUAAGAAGGUGUGCAGGUACCGCGCCCCCCGCAGUCAGCCGCCCAGCACCGCCUGCAGACUCCCCAACACUCUGCAGGUGAUGGCGGACAGAUGUGACGGUAAACACGUUUGUUCAGUCCGAGCCUCGAACCUCAUCUUCUCCAACCCGUGUCCUGGGACCCGAAAGUACUUGAAGUACUCGUACACCUGCGUAGAUCCGGGAAAAACUGAGGACAGGAUCUGAAGUUCAAUAUCAGAGGAAUCAUCUGACGUCUGCAGCGGCCUUUCAUGAAUAUUGCAAGUCAAUAUCGCUGAGGGGAAAAGUUUCAGAAAAAAGAAUCCAUGGUUGAAAAUAUGAAUGCAGUUGUAAAGCAACUGAACAGACUUUUGGUAGUGAUGUUGUCAGAUCAGUAUAAACAGUGACGUCUGU